UCUCCCAGAGCUUCUCUUCCUCUCCUCAGAGCAACCCCGAAAGUACCUUAUCUACUCUCUGGGCCCACAGCCAGAUGACAAAUGGAACCCCGCAAUGCCCCUCCUCAGUAGUAAGGAGAAAGAUGACACCAAAAACUACCAAUUAUCACGAGGUUCUUUUUUUGGAGUUGCAGAGGAGUUCGUUACCAUGGCAACUGAGAAGCGCGCGCCCCCCCAAGUCCACCCACUGCGACUGCGCAGGUGGAAAUCCAGGACUACAUUUCCCAGAGAGCAUAGAGCCGCGCCGACUCUUGCACUCCGACUCAAUCCCCCAGAAUCCCCCUGUCGUGGCUGGUCCAGGCAGCCUGGGCUCAGGAGGCGAAGCUGCCUCGGGAGAGAGAGCUCAGCGUCCUCUUUGGACCGUAAUGUCUGUGGCCUCUUAACUCUGGAGCGGACCUGGAGAAUAGCAGUUUAUCCGGACCGUCUCGGGUCGGAGGAAUCAGUGACAUUCAAGGAUGUAGCUGUAAACUUCACCCAGGAGGAGUGGGGGCAACUGAGCCCUGCUCAGAGGAACCUGUACAAGGAUGUGAUGCUGGAGAACUAUAGAAACCUCAUCUCACUGGGGUUUCCUAUAUCUAAACCAGAUGUGAUCUUCAAAUUGGAGCAAGGGAAAGAGCCAUGGAUGUUCAGUCUGCAGAAAGCCAGAGAGAGAGAGGUCCCAAGAAAUUCCCCUCCAAACUGGGAGAGUAGGCCUGACACCCAACAGUCAACUCAAAAUGAGAACAUUUCUGAAGAAGCAGAAUCACCAGGGAUAUUAGUUCCUCUAGACCCUACAUUUGGAGAAAUUCUUCUGUCUGGGGGUAGACUGGAGAAGUAUCAGGAAAACUCUGAAAGGGAAAAAUGGAAGAAAUCCCUUUCCCAUGAGAAUACUUUCAAGCAGUUGUCAAUUGGUCUCACAGAAAGCCCCAUUAAAGAAAGAGACCAUGAAUGUAAAGAAUGUGGAAAAAAAUUCUUUGACCGCCCAUCCCUCACUCGACAUCAAAGGACUCAUAAGGGAGAGAAGCGCUAUAAAUGUAAUGAAUGUGGAAAAGCCUUCUCUAAACAUUCAUCUCUUACUGAACAUGACAGGAUUCAUACUGGAGAGAAACCCUAUGAAUGUGAUGAAUGUGGAAAGGCCUUCAGCCUGAAAAGUAACCUAACUCGACAUCAGCUAACACAUACUGGAGAGAAACCCUAUGAAUGUGAUGAAUGUGGGAAGGCCUUUAGCCGUAGAAGUGGACUUAUGAGACAUCACAUGACUCAUACAGGAGAAAGUCCCUAUAAAUGUUAUGAAUGUGGGAAAGCCUUCUUUAACCCUUCAUCUCUUACUGAACAUGAGAGAAUUCAUACUGGAGAAAAGCCCUAUGAAUGUGAUGAAUGUGGGAAAGCUUUCUCUAACCAGUCAUCUCUUACUGUACAUGAGAGAAUUCAUACUGGAGAAAAACCCUAUGAAUGUGAUGAAUGUGGGAAAGCCUUCUCUAUACAUUCAUCCCUUACUGUACAUCAGAGAAUUCAUACUGGAGAGAAGCCUUAUGAGUGUGAUGAAUGUGGGAAAGCCUUCUUUGACUGUUCAUCCCUUACUAGGCAUCAAAGAACUCAUACUGGAGAGAAACCCUAUUUAUGUAGCGUGUGUGGGAAAGUCUUCAGUAGUAAGGCAUCUGUCAUCCAGCAUCAACGACGUUAUGCCAGAGAGUAAUGUAGGAAUAUAAAGAAAAUUUCCAUCAGAUUUGUCAUUUGAUUGACUACCAAAAAGUCAAAGUGGGAAAAUAGGCCCUAUAAACACUUAAAAAUGGCCUUAUCUUAAACAGUUGGGUGGGGGAGUAGGAAACAAGCAUUUAUUAAUCACCUGCUAUGUAUCAGGCACUAUGCUAAGCACUUUACAAAUUUCUCAUUUGA